AUGCCCUCGAAGAAUAUGAUACAACCCAAGAUGCGCAGGCGCCACUGGAUUGUGGGAUGUCUUCUGCAACAUGCGGGCGCAGACACCACACGGCUCGCACGAUUUUGCGUUAAGGAAUUGGAGUAUAACCCUCGGUCGUGCACCAAGUACCCGCUCCUUCAAUGUCUCGCACCCCAGGUACGGGUUUCCUCCUCCAAAAAAGAUACCCUGGAACGCUUAAGCAUCUUGGAGGCCAUUCUCGCAAAACUGCCGGUCGUAUCGGCGAAAGAAUACGCACAACUAACUCAGGAUCAACUUAACGAUGACAUGCGGCAAACAGCGACGGCCGGAGCACUCACUCUUGAGCCACUUAUUCAAGACGAGUGGGGCGCAGCUUUGACGGAAUGUGAGACGGACUUUACAGGAGGGACGGGGCCAGAAUGUGAGACGGACUUUACAGGAGGGAUGGGGCCAGAAUUAUUCAACGAGACUGUGUCGUCGAGACAAAUUCAGCAGGAACAUCCUCCUCACCUGGCGAAAAGAAAAGGGAUUGAAGGCGGGUCGGGGUCGUCCUUGGACGGAGCUGGCCAAUCUGUGCUUGGGGCUUGGGGGCAGUCGGUAGUCGAUGCACCGACCGUCGAGGUACCCAUGGUCGAGGGGGGCGACUUGCUAAUGGCUGGCGGCGUCUCACAUUCCGCCUGCGUGGUGCGUUGUGACAAAACCGCUGGGCAGCCAAGCAAGGCUCCAACCAUUCAACAGCUAGAACGACUCGUAAAUCAGGAUCAAGGAACUGUAGUGGAUGACCGGUUCAUGGAUACAUUCGCCGAGGCAGUGUGGAAGGAAUAUGGACCACUGUUGGUGCCUCCCAUGGACCAUUUGAUGGCUGAGCUGGAUCAUUACCUCUGCGCUCAGUAG